AUUUGAUCAUAAUUUCCCCCCCAUAAAUCUCUGACGUACCCACAUGGCCACAUGCUACAAUAUAACUCUGGUUUAUCUCUGCCACUAUAUAUCGUGAUCGCUUCAUCUAUCUUUGCCAAAAACAAUAAUUUUGAUAUCUUUGACCUCUAAUCUCUCUCAAUGGCUGUAUCAUUUCAAACCAAGAACCCUCUAAGACCCAUCACCAACAUCCCAAGAAGCUAUGGUCCAACGCGUGUACGUGUCACAUGCUCUGUUACUACCACCAAUCCUCAGCUUAAUCAUGAGAACCUUGUAGUUGAGAAACGCCUUGUGAAUCCUCCUCUUUCCAAGAACAACGACCCGACUCUGCAAUCGACAUGGACUCAUCGGUUAUGGGUUGCAGCGGGAAGUACAACCAUAUUUGCCUCUUUCGCUAAAUCUAUCAUUGGAGGGUUUGGUUCUCAUCUUUGGCUCCAACCAGCUUUAGCGUGUUAUGCAGGGUACGUGUUUGCUGAUCUAGGCUCCGGUGUUUACCACUGGGCCAUUGAUAACUAUGGUGGUGCAUCAACACCUAUAGUUGGAGCCCAACUUGAAGCGUCUCAGGGUCAUCACAAGUAUCCCUGGACAAUCACAAAACGUCAAUUCGCCAACAAUUCAUACACUAUCGCUCGAGCCAUAACUUUUAUAGUUCUACCACUAAACCUUGCAAUUAACAAUCCUCUGUUUCAUAGCUUUGUGAGCACAUUUGCAUUUUGCAUUUUGUUAAGCCAACAAUUCCAUGCUUGGGCUCAUGGAACCAAGAGCAAGCUUCCACCUCUCGUGAUGGCGUUGCAGGACAUGGGACUGCUUGUCUCACGGAAAGAUCACCCGGGACAUCACCAAGCACCGUAUAACAGCAACUACUGUGUAGUGAGUGGGGCAUGGAACAAAGUUUUGGACGAAAGUAACUUAUUUAAGGCAUUGGAGAUGGCGUUGUUUUUCCAGUUCGGUGUGAGACCAAACUCGUGGAACGAGCCAAACUCUGACUGGACAGAAGAAACCGAGACUAAUUUCUUUACAAAGAUUUAAAGAAUAUCUGAAUAUGUAUGAGUGUGUCGAAUAAAGAGCAUGUAUUAGGUUUAAGUAUCAGAUCUUGUAAGCUGAUUAAACCUCCAUUGUUGAUGAUCUUUCGUAAGCAUGCAAACUUCAAUAACCUGAACUACUACUUUUUAC